UUCCGCGAAACCAACUAACGUUAGCUUUCCUGGGAAAGUGAUUUGACACUGAAAUCGAAGCCUGCCAGCUAACGUUAACUUAGCUAAUAGCAUCGUGUAGUUUGCUGAAACAAAUGACUUUACGGUGUUGUGCCGAGUUCUGCAUGCCAGCGAGAAUUGCGUGCACCUCCAAGCCAUGGCUGCUCCCGACUCCUCUAAACCCUUCAGCCCAGCAGAGACCCAGAGGAUUUUGCAUCAUCUGCAGCAGCCCGCAGUUUUCCUGAACAUGACCUGUGGCUGGCCUGUACUCCACUGGACUGCAGAGCACCUGUCUGACUGCCUUGGUGACAAACUCGUCCGAUUCCGGCUUGGGAAAAAAAAAGAGGCGCACACUGCAACAGCUUACAUGAGGACAUUGCUCUCAUCACCACUGUUUGAAACCCAGUGUUCUUAUGUGGAGGCCAAACUGGUGCACUUUCUCAGCUGGAACCGGGACCAGGCUGGGACAGAUGUAGGGCCUUUCUUUAAAUACCCCAAAUCAGAGUAUUGGGCCUAUGCUGACUACAAAUACAUCGCCAUAUUGUUUCAAGAUCAGCCUUCCAUGUUUGAGCAUGUAAAGUGGUCCGAGUUUGGUUUUGAGGGACGUAAUGGGAGAGAGAGCACCUUAUGGAUUGGCUCAGAGGGGGCCAACACACCAUGCCACCUGGACUCUUAUGGCUAUAACCUGGUACUGCAGGUACAUGGACGGAAGCGCUGGCACCUCUUUCCUCCAGAGGACACCGUUAACCUCUACCCAACCAGGAUCCCUUAUGAGGAGUCCAGUGUCUUCAGCCAGGUAGAUGUUCUCAAUCCAGACUUGAGGAGGUUCCCUGCAUUUCAGGAAGCCAGGGCACAUACGGUCACUCUGCAGCCAGGACAGGUGCUUUAUGUCCCCAGACACUGGUGGCACUAUGUGGAGUCAGUGGAUCCCAUCACUGUCAGCGUCAACUCCUGGAUCGAGUUGGAAGUGGAUGACGUGGCAAGAGUCAGUGAAGCUGUGACCAAGGCUGUUGUCAGUGCGCUUAAAAGUGCACCAAGUGAUGACAACACUGAUGACUGGCUCAACCCCACCGAGGAAGGAGUAGCAUCCCAUAAUGACAACAUGCAGUAUGUGAACAUGGCAGUGAGAGCUUCUGCUCAAAGACAGCAGGGCCUCUGCCACAGCAAACUGACCCAGGACCCAAGAGACACCCGACCAGUCAAGCGGGACUCCAGAGGACAAAUCAGGACAAACAGCGAUUUGGUCAGGGAUUCUGCGCUCUUCAGCGUUCCCUUUGGACCACAUCUCAUCCCUGUGUGCUGUCAGCAAGAGUACUCGCCAGAAACGAGGGGGGUGACCACUAAAGAUCUGGAGGUCAAAUCUUCCAGGAACUGUAAUGCCCAAACUCCAGAUGACUGCACCGCCAACUCAGAUGCGGCAACGAAAACCAAGCUUGCAUCUGCUGUCAACCAGGGAAAAUGUGAAUGUAGCCCUGGUUUAACUCAAUAUAGACCAUGUGACCAUGCUGAUGUGGCGUCAGAGAAGUCUUCAGAGGAUUAUGAGGAACCAGUACAUACAACAAUAACCACUAAUGACCUGUUAGACUGCCUGGUGCAUCCUGAUAUCAUCGACCGGGUCACAAAGCUUUUACUGGAAAGGCACACAGGAGGUGAGAGGACCACUAUGCCAUCCUAGCUUUAAUAUCUGCCAGCGGUAAACAACAUAAUACAAGCCUGAAGAGGAAGAAAAGCUCCUCAUUGCGCUGGUAAUGGUCCGAGCUUCAGGAGCGAUUUAGAACGCUUUAUCUGAAAAUAUCAGGAUAUGGUUGUCUUUGCUUUUCAACUCAGGGUGUCUCACUGGAGUUUACAGCUAUGAAAAAAAGGCAGGAGAUCUUUGGCUGCAGAAAUCCGUCCUCCAAGCUACUGGUAAUCCUUUGGUGUCAGUAAGAAGUGAGGGAGGAAAGAUGAAGAUCAACAAAAGACGUUCACCCUGCUUUUCUUUCUCCUCUCAUCUUUCAAGGUCCUCCUGAGAUUAACCCCGGAUGUGGGAAGUCACAACCACAACUAAUCAUAAUGUGAUGAGUGACGCCAUUAAGUGGCUUUAACAUUUCCUUGUUUUUGUUGUCCUGCACAUACUAAUCCUGUUUGGAUCUUCCAGAGUAAGCAAAAUGACCACCUAAAUCAAUUUAGUAUGCUAAUAAGCCACAUAAUUCAAGGUAAUAUUCCUGCAAUGUGAACAUUUGUUUUCUGCGUAAUGUUUGCCUGUCAUUUACUAAUGAAAAUUGCCACAGAACAACCAGAAGGCUGAUCGUAAUGGUUUAAUGAUUGAUUGAAGCUGUUAAGGAGCACUCAAUGACAUGGGUCUGUUUGAAUACAGUCUGCCGCCGCAGGUCUCACAGCUGCGGGAGAAAGGAAGGUUGCACAUGUAUAAGAAUAAUAAAUGUAAACUGUCUACUAACAUUUUUUUUUACUAAAUUGCAUUCUAGAGAGUGAACGUAGAUAUUCAUUGUUUUAAAAUGAUUUUACAAUUUCAACAUUUUAGUACAAAAUUAUUUUCUUAUUAAAAUUGAUAGCAAUGCACAUUUUCAUCUUCUUCAAAAUUGACAGCUCAAAAAUAAAUGGCACAAAAACAACUGUUUACAGUUUAUAGGGAGCAGCAUUUACACAUUCCCUGACUACAAAAUAAAUUAAAGUAUUUUAUGAAGUUAAAGGACCACACUGUUGGUGUUGCAUGUUUUAGCACAUAAACUACAGAUCUGACUAUUUCUUGAUUGUUGUGUGGUAAUGCAAGUAGGAUUUCCUUGAUGAUGUGGCAUUGAUCAGCUUUGCUUUUUGUGGAAAAUCAAACCCAGAAGAUGGACAAUAAGAAAACUUCAGGAAAAGAAAAUUCAUUUGGUUUCCUACACAGAAAUAUCAACGUCUGCUCCUAAAUGUCAUCAAGCUGAGUUUUUAGACCGAUCAAUAAUAAGG